AUGUCUUACUUUUCGAACAAUCAGGCCUCUCCUGAGGAUACGGUCAUGACCGAUGCAUCUCCUUAUGAUGCGCUCAAUUACGGGCCUACUAGUCUGCAGUUCAGCAGAGAAGAUCUCGCCGACCCUGCAAGAGACUAUGUGCCCAACUGGAAUCCAUCGGAUGUGAAGAAAAUAACUUCCGAUGGAACUAAUCACCCCUUACCUACCCUUGCUUCCUCCUCGCAAACGCCUACUAGGCGUCCCAUCCCGCGUCUCGGUCCCAGGCCACCGGAAGUGGUCAGGCCUAUUGAGAGGUCCGCGCGUCCUAUGGGAAUGAUCAAUCGGCCCAGAUCGAUGCUUUCCCCUUCUCAAUUCCGCUUCUCACAAGCACGAACCGCAUUCCAACGUGACGAGCGGCCACUUGUGUUGCCACGCGCCAACGAAGUCGAGUUAUAUCGACACGCCGCGACAACCUACAGGACUGGUCUUAUGAAUUCGUCGCGUCCGUCCGGAUACAGUUCAGCCUUAGGCGCUGGUUUUGGCCGUCGCGAUCAACCACUCUCUGUGCACGACCCCACCCGGCAAGCUGCGUUGAUCAAGCCCAGAAAGCGCGACCAGGAAGGCAAUAUUCUGGAUCAUACCGGCAGCCUCUUCGCGCCGCGCGCUCGCAGUGCCGAUGACAACACGAGGAACGACGAGUCCCGUCUUAUGACGACCGAUGCUGGCAGUCCGAUCGCGAAAUUCCGCCGUGUCAGUGGAGAGGCGUCGAACACCUCCAGCAUGUCUAUCGAUAACUCUGAGACAUCCAUUGAGGAUCCAGCUCAACCUAUUGCGCAGCGCACUUCCUUUGACUCGCCCGCCGUGCCAUUGAACACUGUCGCUCCCGUCACUCCAGUCGAACAAACCGUGAACUCGAACGGCAUUGUCCCUGGCUGCUGGCCAUCUGCAUCCACGCCAGGUUCUGCGGCAGGCCCUUCCGAGCCACAGCAGCCUACCCAGCCUCAGCGCUUUCCGCAGCCACAGCUGCUUCGUGCGCCACAUUUCUCGCCUCAACAUCAGCCACAGCCCGUCACCGAGACACACGUGACUCCGCAAGCGGCUUUGAUGUCGGGUGCCCUGAUGCCCGGCCACUACGACAGCCCACAAGGACAAGACGCUUCAGAUGUCGCUCCGGAGGUCGCCCGUCCUGUCGACAACGGGCCUCCCGUUUGGGCUCAUUACUACGCCACCGUGCAUGGCACUCUCCGACAAGCAUACACUGCUCAACGUGCGAUGAUGCAGACUGUCGCAAAUGCUUUCCAUGGUGCACUGGCUGCUGCCUGCACCCUCACUCGUCAAACUCACCAGGCGGCUGGCACUGCAGCUCAGAGGGUGACGGCCAUGUGGCGAGAGCGUCGCGACGCUCAUGCUCGCGCGCGUGCGGCUCGUGCGGCUCGUGCGGCUGCUGCUCCUGCGCCCGAUACUGCAACCCCACCAGUUUCGCCUGCUCGUGCUUCUCCUCCGCGCGUGAACAUUGCAACGCUCUCGCCAGAGCAGCAGGAGAAUGUGCGACGCAACAUCUGGCGCCGAAGACACGGCUUUCCUGUGAACGAGAAUCUCCCGUUCCCGGACGAAGCAUCUAGAGAGGCAUCGAGAAUGGCAGCCGCAUUUUAUGAUCCCCGCAUCAACGCAAUCCCCUCUUUUCUCUCUCAAGGCGACCCUUCUCGCCGUGUGGAUGAUGUCUCUCGCUCGACUUCCCGCACACAUCGCGGUCUGCCGCCAACUCCUGUGAAUGAUCGCGACCGACCCCAAGCACCCAGAAACGGCAUUCUCAAAAGGUCGCUGGUUCCGACCAUGAGCCCGGAAACACAACGUCGCUUGCUGCCUGGCCCUAUCACGCCACAAGCUCACCGUGUUGGACUCGAGCACAGAGUGCAAUUCCGCUCUCCUAUCGUUCAGUCUUCGCCUUCGAACGUUCACGACUGGGCCAGAGCAUCCGCUCAGCCAGGACCUGGACUUGACGCGCUCCUGGUCGACCAGCUCAACGGACCUGAUGCCCAACUACAAGCGCAAUUGGCGGCUUCUCUUGACCCGUAUGUGGAUCCAUGGGGCCAACGCGACUUUGCCGAAGGAACACCCAGGUCGGCAAUCAAACUUGUCAAGCCCGCCUCAGAGCCAGUUCCCUCAGGCCGAAGCGAGUCCGUCUAUGCAAAGGAACUCCAGAAGAUUGAGAAGGAGAAGCGACUCAAGGACGGACCAGUCGGACGGCAGAUUCCUGAGGGUGUCGUCGUACGUCCUCUCGCAGAUGAUUGGAAAGCUCGCCUCGAGAAGGCGAUGAAAAAGCCGGACUACGCAGAGGUUGCCCACACUCACACCGGCGAGCCUCUGACCAGAGGCGACAUUGCAACCUGCUACACUCCGCUGAAGUGGCUGAACGAUGAGGUGAUCAACUCGUACCUUGGGCUGAUCGUCGAGCACAUGCGCGAGGAGCACCACAAUGCUGGUCGUCACGCCAAGCCACAUUACCACGCGUUCAACACUUUCUUCUUUUCCAACCUUCGAGACAAGGGCUACGAUUCUGUUCGGCGUUGGGCCAAGAGGGCCAAAAUUGGAGGACCAGAUCUUCUGGAUGUUGAUACUGUGUUCAUUCCGGUGCAUGACAUGUCUCAUUGGACCUUGAUUGUCGUCAAGCCUUCGGCCCGCACCAUCGAGCACUUCGACUCGCUUGGCUCGCUUUCGAAGCGCCACGUUGCAACUGUCAAGGACUGGCUCCGCGGUGAACUCGGUGACCUCUUUGUCGACGCAGAGUGGAAUGUCCUGCCGUCGAAGUCCCCUCAACAAAACAACGGCAGCGACUGUGGAGUGUUCUUGUUGACCACGGCCAAGGCAGUGGCCUUGAACAUCGAGCCUCUCGCUUACGGUGCGAAGGAUACGCCUCUGCUGCGGCAGAAGAUUGUUGCCGAACUCAUGAACGGCCGCUUCGAGGCUGCUUCGCUCUGA